CAUUACACCAGGGGCGUAUGCUCCAUUUAGAGGAUUGCCAAUGCUACUGCAAAGCUAGGUGUUUCUGAUUGCAGCAUGCGAUGGCCAGCCUUUGCCAUAUCAUUUGUACCUGCCACGGCCCGGCAACUUUGGCCAAGGGUGAAGCCGUUCUCGACGAUGAAAAAGAUCUCAGAACUGCCUUCCGUUCAGAAGAAACAAGUAGGACACUUUGGUGUGGAGUGGGUCAUCGGACGAAGACCCACAGAAAUUAACGCCAGAGAUGUCGAGCUCCCAAAGGAGCCGUACAAUCCUCGCCCCUACUUGAUGGAAUUCCGGAAAUAUCCUGGUAUUGCGAGUGGCCUUGGAGCUGAAUACUUCUACAGGGACGACCAAAGGAGUCCUUUGACCUACUACCACCUUCGCAGCCCAAAGUCUGGUGACACGGUGCUUGUUGGUGCGACAGAUCCUCGGGCAAGGGAAGCAAGAACGAUCGACAACUACGUCAAGGAGAGGACAAGAGGUUUUGCAGUGCAGAUCAUUUUGGAAGGACGAGGUGUGAAGGCUUACUUCGAGCCCAAAGCCCCGUUCUUGAAGGCACGUCUUGGAGUGGGAGCCAAAGUGAAGGAUCUGACGCAAUAUUGUAUCAGAGAUCCAGAUGUUCAGGUGCACGUGGGCAAAAAGGGUGACUUGGUUGUGGUUCACGGGCCCAACAAGGCGCGUGUUGGAACCUUGGCCUUUCGCCUCUUGAAGAAGAUGCAGCCUCUCUUGCAGCCAUACACCAGCAAAGGUGCUCACGUCGCUUUCCACCCAGUUAAGAAGAAGGCAAUGAGGAAGAAGUGAGCGCAGAACCAUGUACAACAUCGUAAACCACCAUAAACAGGCGUUUCACCCACGGUGCACAUUGACAGAAAGUGGUGUGCAGAGGCACAAA